CUGACGCGUCAGCAAAGCACUGGGCCUGUUCUAGCUUGGCCUUAUCAAAGUAGUGGGGACGGCCAGACUCUCUCACACACACACACGGGCAAAUAUAAGCGAACGAGGCUCAAUCGCGUGCUAUCUUGAUAUUCUUGCCGAGAGGGAAAACGAUUUAACGAAGCCGAGAGCGAGCAGUGUGCUGCUACGAGUCGUGCCGGUUAGAGACGAUAUUAUAUUCGUUUGCUAUUAUUCGGAGCGAACGAAGAGAGCCGCACACGCCUGGAAUUAAUCGUGGUCUACAGCUUGGAAAAUUCCGCAACGCACGAAAACAUGUCUGUCAAUCUCAGAAGUGUGCUAGUCAGCGACCCAGUUGACGAGCGCUGCGCAGCUCUGUUAACAAGCCACGGAGUCCCAGUUACGACAAAGUACAAGUUGUCAAAGGAAGAAUUGAUCAACGAGCUUCAAAAACACGACGGCCUGAUCGUGCGCUCGGAGACCAAAGUCACCGCCGACGUCAUAGCGGCGUCGCCGAAUCUGAAGCUCGUCGGACGUGCCGGCACCGGUGUGGACAACAUCGAUAUACCAGCAGCCACCCGCAAUGGAAUAUUGGUCUUGAACACUCCUGGAGGCAACAGCGUCAGCGCUUGCGAGCUAACAUGCGCCGUUAUCUCCGCCCUGGCGCGCAACGUCGUGCAAGCCGGUCAGUCGAUGAAGGAGGGCAGAUGGGACCGCAAGCUCUACGCUGGUCGUGAGCUUUCGGGUAAAGCCCUCGGUGUCGUGGGCUUCGGCCGCAUCGGUCGUGAGGUAGCCCACCGCAUGAAAGCCUUCGGUAUGGAGAUCAUCGCCUACGAUCCGUUCUUCACCAAGGAACAAGCCGCUCAGAUUGGCGUUACCAAGGGUGAGCUCGAGGACAUCUGGAAGAACGCGGACUACAUUACGGUGCACACGCCACUUAUUCCCCAGACCAAGAACUUGAUCAAUGCUACUACGCUAGCAAAAUGUAAGAAGGGAGUUUACAUUGUAAAUGUAGCUCGUGGUGGUAUCGUCGACGAGGAGGCGCUGCUUCAUUCGAUCAAUGCUGGUCAUGUAGCUGGUGCAGCUCUGGAUGUCUUCAUUGAGGAGCCACCCAAGAACCCUGUCACACUCGAGCUUAUCAAGCACCCCAAAGUUGUUGCCACACCCCAUCUUGGUGCCAGCACGGCAGAGGCCCAAACGCGCGUGGCUAUCGAGAUCGCCGAGCAGUUCCUCGCGAUUUCCGGCAAGUCCGACAAGUAUUCCGUUACCGGAAUUGUCAACGCGCCUGUGAUGGCCGCAGCUGCCAACCCCGACAACGCUGCCUGGAUCGAGCUGGCCAAGAGGUUGGGCAAAGUUGCCGGCAAGUUCGUUGCCAAUCAGGGACAGGUCGUCGUUGAGAGCCGUACUACCGGACCAGACACUGCCUCCAAAAAGUUUGUCCACACGGCCCUGAACGUUGGUCUUCUGGCCAAUCGCGUCAACAGUGGACUCAACCUCGUCAACGCGCCAAAUCUUGCGAAGGAGCUUGGCAUCACGGUCAACGAGGGUCACGAAAAUGUUGGACAAAAUGCCAUCGUUGUGAAGGCUGGCGGUCACGUUGUUCAAGGUACGGUAGUCGGUAACGCCACUCUGUUGGUAUCGAUCGACGAUUCUGUCUUCGUAGAUGGUGUUCACCUCCAGGACAACAUCUCGCUGUACAAAGCAAAGUCAGCGCAAGAUCUCGCUCAGGUCGUCGCUGCCCACGUCGCUAAGGGCGUAGCUAUUAAUAACGUCAGUAUCGCUGGAAACUGGAUAAUCGUUCAAACGAACAAACCGGUUUCCCUCGCGGUCGAUGGCGUCGAGAGUUAUUGAAUAAGUACUCUACAAGUGAUCUAGUAUUUACGCACAAAAAAUCUCGCUUUCUAUAUCGAAUAGAUAGCGUGACUUUUGAAAACUUUUUAAUGUUUAUAAACGACGUUGAUUCUUGAGCGAGGUUGAAUGACAUUUCUUAUAGACUUAUGUCAUUCUGAAGUUGCUAUUUUUUUAGUUGAUAGUUACGUUAUUGUGUUUUUGUAACAAAUCAGAGAAAAGCAUCAUCAUUAACAGAUGUAUAUACGUAUCUUUUGUAAUAAUCAUUUACAUAAAUAAAAUACACAACCAUUUUACCUAUAA